UCCGCCAGUUCCAUUAUUGAAUUUCUUUAUCCCAAUUUUGCUUCGGGAUGCAGUGAAAAUGUCGUCUAUUUUACACAGUCACACAGUAAAAGCUGCCAUCCAGAACGGCCCCUACGCGGCCCAAUUGGGGGAUAUAGUCGCGUUUCAAUGCGUUUACGGAACACCCAGUGGUAAACAAAAAAAAAAAAAGCUGCCAUUCCUUUCAAGUUUCACUUUCCAAAUAAUUGCAUCCCCUGAACUGAAUUGAAGUAUCAAUCUUUCAAUUCUAUCAAUUACAGUUACUGCAUUUUUUGACUGCCGGCAUGAAAGUUCGUCCAGUGAAACCUCACUUUUUCAAACCUAUUCAGCCAGGUUUCAAGCACGCUCUGAAAAUUCCUAAAGGUUUUAUGAAGUAUCUAAAGGGACAUGAGCUUGAACAUGUAGUACUGAGAAGGGCGGGUAAAAAGUGGCUGGUGAAGGUGAACGACUAUCAAUUCAAAACGGGUUGGGGAGAGUUUGCGGAGGAGAAUGUUUUGCAGCUGGGAGAUAUGUUGGUGUUCAGACAUGAAGGAAACGUGGAGUUUGAGGUUAUCAUCUUUGAUUCAAGUCAAUGUGACAGAGAAUAUGCGGAGUAUUUGCAAGAAGAAGAAGAAGCAGCAACACGUACUUUUGGAGAGAUUUCCAAGAAUUUUGAAUUUGAAGAUACAAACAACUACACUUCAAUCCCAAGUGGGGAUCGACUAUAUGGAUCCUUACCAUCCACGUCGUGCCCUUUAAGCCAUUCAAGAGCUAUCGACGAUGUAAUAGAAAUACCAAGCCUCAACAUCAAGUCGUCAGACGAGGAUUCUUCACAUGCGGAAGCUGCUACUGACAAGCAUGCUGGUCAUUCUCAUUUUAUAUGCACUAUUAGACCAUAUUGCCUGACAUAUGGUUACUUGUGCCUUCCUCAACAAUUUGCAAAUAGUCUCUCCAACAAGAAAUGCGAUUUGUUUAUAAGAGAUGAAAGACAAAGGUCUUGGAAUGUAAAGCUAAGUUCUGAUUGCAAAAAUCGAGUCUCUAUUGGAGAUGGCUGGCGUGAAUUCAUUGCUGAUAAUUGCUUAAAGGUUGGAGAACGUAUAAUGUUUGAGGUUGUUAGUGAUGGAAAAAUGGAGUCUAUAUGGAAAUUUCAUGUUGUUACUGACGCAGAAACUCCAAAGCAGAAGUUUCAAGAUUUGAGAGCAAAUGCAUCACUUCAGCCCGAAGGAAAGAAGCCUGAUUUGGAUGCUAAUAGAUAUUCCGCUCGAGGCCUCAGGAUUGAGACGUCAGAUAUGACUGCUCCAAAAGCACAAGUACAUGCUUCAACAUCUGCUAAUAAUGCUAACCCUCAUUUUAUUUCUACUAUUAAGCCUUAUUCCAUCAACAAACCUCGUCUGUAUCUUCCAGCGGAUUUUGCAAAAUCAAAUGGCUUGAUGAAUAGACGUUGUGAGAUGAUUCUCACAGAUGAGAAACAGAGAUCAUGGUCGGUGCAGCUCGGACUAACAGGACAUCACGUUGCGAUUACCAGGGGAUGGAAAAAAUUCGUGAAAGCAAAUGAUGUCCAAGUAGGAGAUACUUUUAAGUUUGAACUCAUCAACAACGGAACAAUACCUAUAGCAUACUUCCAUUGUUUAUUUGCAACUACUAGGAGAUUUGCCUAAAGUUUCAUGGAAAGGUUUAAUGUAUCAGAAUCAAACACGACAAAAAGUAGUCUUCACAAUGUGGCUACAAGUUCAGGGAAGAUUGCUAACUGUUGAUAGAAUGAAGAACUCGACAUGCAAGUGGAAGACACAUGUUGCUUUUGCAAUCAAACUCAAUAAACGAGAGAUCAUAUAAUUGCAGAAUGUGCAUUUGAUCGAAGCUUAUGGUCCAGACUCAUGCAAUGGUUAUAGAUACAACAACCUUCCACAACAUUGUGGACUGACUGGCAUCACUGGAUUGUAAUGAAAACAAAUGGGUGAUCUCAGGUUGCUCAAAUUAGUGUACGCAGAAUAUACACAGUGUGGAUUGAGAGGAAUGCAAGGAUCUUUGAGAAACAAACAACUACAUGGGGUGUCCUUGCCAGUAGAGUGGUAUGCAUGUGCAAUAUUAGAGCUGAGGAUUAUACUCGUGUCCUUACAAAAUGCAAAUAAUGAAGAGCUAGCAUCGUGAGUUAUAUAAAUGAGGUUAGGAGGCCAUGAAGAUUAGAUUGAGAUGUUUUUUUUCCAGUUUGGAAAUAGGUCGUGGUGAUCUAUUGCUUGUAAAUAUUUACAUUGAUAGUUAAUACAAAGAUGUUUAAUUACCAAAAAAAAUU